ACAUAACUAACGUUAAUCCAGUUCUGUUUCUCAAAGCACCAAGCCUCUUUCACUGUCUCUCACCCUCUAGCGAUUGCGUUUACAGAGUUUUUAGCGAAGACAAAAUGGAAGAGAUUGAAAAGGGCAACAAAGGAGGCAGUGAGGAGAGAUGGAAAGGAGCUGUUGAUAAUCUAACAGAGAUGACAUCAAAUCUUGAUUCUCUUCAAAAGUUACUUGUUAAAAAAGCUGUCUUUGUUGACGACGAAACCUUCUCCAAAGCCUCCCUCACUUCUGAACAAGCCCGCACUAUCAAGGUUCUUGAACAACGGGUAGAGACUUUGGAAAGGGGGCUUGAUGCUGCCAUCUCAGCUGCUGCUCGUGCUCGUGCAGAAAAGCGACAAGCAGAGGCAGCACAAAAGGCUGCUGAAUUACGUGCACAAGAGAUAACAAGAGAACUUGAGAACACCACAAAGGUAUUUGAAUUGCACAUGGAAGAGUUGCGUGCAAAGCAAGACGAGAUUUCAAAGCGUGAUGGUGACAUUAAACUUUUGGAAGCAAUAAUUCAGACGCUUGGUGGAAAGGAAUCCCAUUCUUUGAAUGGGUAAACAUUUUUUUUCCUUCUUCUAUUAUGUAGAUGAAAGUGUUCUGUAAAAUGCUCUGUUUACACUGUUCAUGCUUGACAACAAAAUAUUUAGGAACCUAAGAAUGUGCCCUCUUUGAUACAAACAUUCAUUUACUUUUCGGUGUCACUCGAGAAUACAAUUUCAAAAGGUAAUAGCAUCCUCUGGUUACUUGAUA